AUGCUCUUAGAAGUGGAAGAUGAAACACGUGAUUUCGUAACGAUAUAUAAAAAAGACUUUCCCUCGAAGAAAAGUCGCAAACCGAAGGAACACAGGCCCCAAGCCGAGUAUCGUCCGCCCCUGAAUAUCCUAAACGGCCCUUACAGAAAGUGCUUGAACACACGUCGAAUAAACGUCACUCUUCCAUUGAACGAGCAAAGCGAGGAUCCUGGAGAGACCUUAAACAGAAUUCGCGAGGAACAUUCGCAUUUAAAAGGAUCUCUUCCGAAAGAUGUACCUGACGAAGAUCUGGUCGAAAGAAAGGACAAUGAACUUAAGCAAACGAUAUAUCAAUUUGACUAUUCGAAAGAUGAUUAUUCGCCUCGUAUGGAAAUAUUCGGAAGAAGGAAAGACGUUAGUUUACCAAAAGAUUGGAUCAUAUCGGAAACGAUUCAAAGGAAAUCUUACCGGAAUCCGUGGAAAAUUGUACCGGAAAGCCUGUUACAUGUAAAGAAAGCAAUAAAACCUUCGGACAACUUGAUACCAAGUGAAAAGGAAAGAGAAAUUCUUCGUAUAAGAACCGGAGAUUCGGAAUACGAUGCAACUAUAGAUGCUACCGGAAAUCGAGUGAUAAAAGAAUGUUUAUUGGGACCACCACUACCAGUGGAACCACAAAUAUAUACCAAAGAAUCCGACAGUUCACCGUCUGAAUGUUCUGAAAUUCUAGCAGGAAAAAAAUUUGUACUUCCUUCGAACAUUUUUUGA